UGGGCAAUGUCGUCUCCAAGCCGGCGCCGGGAGAUGGAUGUGAUGAAGCUCAUGAUGAGCGAUUACAAGGUGGAAAUGCUCAACGAUGGCAUGAACGAGUUCAUUGUGGAUUUUCAGGGUCCAGCAGACAGAAUUCUAUUGCCAGGUCCUUAUGAGAGUGGAGUGUGGAAGGUCCGCGUUGAGCUUCCCGACUCUUAUCCCUACAAAUCGCCCUCCAUUGGAUUCGUGAACAAGAUCUUCCAUCCGAAUGUCGACGACUCGGGAUCUGUUUGCCUGGAUGUGAUCAAUCACACUUGGAGCCCCAUGUUUGACCUCGUCAAUGUUUUCGAGUCAUUCCUUCCGCAGCUGCUGCUGUAUCCAAAUCCAAGUGACCCUUUGAAUGGCGAGGCCGGGUCGCUGAUGAUGAGGGACAAAGAAAAGUACGAGCAAAAGGUGAAAGGUAAGAAAUCCUCUAGUUUAGCUUUGAAGUUCUGUGGUGUGCUUUGGAUUAUAGAGUACUGCGAGAGAUAUGCCAAGCCCAAAGAUGCGCAAACCGCUGUGGAAGAGAGCAGUGACGAGGAGAUCAGUGACGAUGGCUACACGUCGAGCGAAGACGACACCAUGGGCUGGCAAGCAGACCCGUGAGGAAAGAAGACGAGAAAACGUCUGAUUUGUAAAUAGCCAGAUUGUACAUAACAUCGUCUUGAUUGCCAAAUGUAAGUAGCUCCAACGUA